ACCCCUUGGUUAAAGAAAAAAUGCUGACUCCUCUCUCAGUUAUUUUUCUUUAGCUGUAUUCGUUAUCUCUCUGGGAAAAACUGCCCCUCUAACUACUGCAGUUCAAGGGAAUUUCUGCAACUCCAAAAGGUUGUCCACAGGUGGUUUCUCUGUGUGAUCUCAACUCCUCUUAUCUCUAAAAUAAUCCACGACUGGAACUGUCUGAUCCCAAGACUGGAAAGCUAUUCUCUCAACAGAAUUAGCCAAGAUGUUUCUUAAAACCCUGCUCCUCAUCUUCCUGCUAGGGACUGUACCCUUCAGGGCAUUUGCUGAAGAAGCAAGCUCAGUUCUAGAGGAUGAAGAAAGUACAACAACGGAUUUCAAAGACAGGAACGACACAUGGUACGAUGAAGUGCCAACUCUGUUGCCUACAAGCCUGCACAAUAUAACAGACAUUCCCCAAUUAGAAGACCUGAUGACCACAGAAAGUGCAAUCGCCACAUAUGAAGACGGCGAAAACUCUACUGAUCCUGACGUUACUCUUGAACAUGCUGACGAUGAACUGGGUGAAGAGCCAGAGACAACAGCGGAAGAAGAUGGCCUGGGAACAGCUGCACUAGUUGGAAUCAUAAUUGGCAUCAUAGUAGCAGUUGGAAUCAUUGCUGGAAUCAUUAUUGCUGUUGUGAGGAAAAUGUCGGGCAGGUACUCGCCCUAAAAAUAAUUGAAGAAAUAGUGCCCCUUGUUAUGCCAGAAGAGAAAAUUGCUUCCUAUUUUACAAACUACUAGAAAACUGUUCCCAUAACCGUGUGAGAAGAUGAUCCAUGGAAAGAGUGAAUGAAGAAUUCAAGUUCUAUGGGGAUACCACACAGCUUUCUGGAGGAACAUUUUACAGACAUGACAAAAAUUGAACAGUUUAUAGGACUCUGCUGAAGUAUUUUAGAGGAAUAAAAUAUAGAAAAAGAAUAUGCAGUAGGAGAAAAGAGAAGGGGAAAAAAGGACAAUCUAAAAUGUGGUUUUCAGGUAGUAAAAAUACUAUGCUAGCUAGAUGUUAAAACAAUGGCAGGAAAAAAAAUAUUUCACAUUGCAUUCUAUCCUUUUCUUGAAAAAAAUUUAUCCAGAUUUUUUUUUUUUCAUUCUAAGCCCAAUGACUAGUCAGGGAGCCUGCUGUAUUCUUCAGUGUUACAGAGGUUUAAAAUUCCCGGUGUCUGGGUAUGUUCAUCUACCAAAUCUGUACUGUUUAGCAGGAAACAUCAUCCUGAUAAUCAGGAAUGCGGUUAAGAGUUGGAAAACACAUUUGUGGCCUGGGAACUUCAACCAUUCUGCUGAGACAAGACCUGUGAACCAUUAUACAGUCAGGCAUGGUAGACCCAGCUGGAACUGGACCUACCAAUGAAAAAUUGCUCCUUCCUCUGACUGAUCAGCAAAGAAC